AUGGCUCUUUUCCCCGCGUUUGCGGGGGCCGCCAAGCCGGGGGAGGCGCCGGCGAACGAGAGCGAGGACUCUAGGAGAGAAUUGAGCUGGCUUAUCAACUCAAGCUUCCGCAAUGAAGAUGCAUUGAGACUUCACCAGCACUCUUUAGAGGUCACAGACCUUCCCUCAGAGAAAUCCCCACUUGUAAGGUACCAAUUGGAAUUAUCAGGAGAAAGUGACGGCAGUGAAAGUUUCCAAAAACCAGAUAAGAAAAGAAAGAAAAAGAAGCGACAUCACAAAAAAGUUAAAAAAAGAAGUAGGAGAGAAUACAGCACCUGCGAUUCAGAAUCAGACACCGAGGAUGGAGAAGGUGACAGAAACAAAGGAAAAGGUGUAGAAUCGAAUUUAGGAGACAAAACUUCAGAUGUGAGCAGUCACUCAAUUUGGCUUGAUGAUGUUCAGGGACUGACGGCAGAAGUGUUCAGAACAGAUAAGAAGCCAGAUCCUGCAAACUGGCAGUACAAGUCUCUGUACAGAGGAGACAUUGCAAGGUACAAGAGGAGAAGUGGCUUCUGCCUUGGCCUUGAUCGGAAGAGGCAACAUAUAAUUUGGGAAAAUUCAGCAGCAGAGAAAAAGCGAUCCCACAAGCGACCUGAACGCUACUUCACAAAAGAUGGCUUGAAGCUUGUGAAUAUGGAUAGCAUUCCAGUUUGUAGUAAAAGUCAGGGUUCCCCAUCUUGUUCAAGUUCUUGGAUACCUGUUUCGCAGCUGGGCACAGAUGAUGUUCCUGCUACAAGCUCAGUAAAUCCUCUUGGGAUUUAUGAUCCACUGACCACAUUAUGGCUACAAGGAAAGGGUCCCCCUGAGCAUGACACACCGAAGCAGGAGGAACCACAAGUGAUCUGUGAGAACAGGCACUCUGGCCUAAUGGCAAAAGUGGAAGAAUAUAACAAGAAAGUCAGAGAAAACCCCACAGAUGUUAAAACGUGGAUGGAUUUUGUUUCUUUUCAGGAUGAACUCAUGAGAGGUCCCAGCUGUUACUCAAUCAAUGAGGGAGAACAAGAAAAGAGAAAGAAGUCGUUCCGGCUGGUCCUAGAGAAGAAGCUGGCAAUUCUAGAGAAAGCUAUUGAGAGCAACCCCAACAACGUUGACCUGAAGCUGGCCCGGUUGAAGCUUUGCACAGAGUUUUGGGAGCCAUCGGUUGUUGUCAAGGAAUGGCAGAAAUUGGUUUUCUUGCACCCCAACAACCCAGCUCUGUGGCAGAAAUAUCUCCUGUUCUGCCAGAGUCAGUUCAGCACCUUCGUCGUUUCAAAAGUCCACAGCCUGUAUGGAAAAUGCCUGAGCACUUUGUCAGCAGUGCAGGAUGGCAGUAUGGUAUCGCACCCUGCACUGCCUGGCACAGAGGAAGCUAUGCUAGCCAUCUACCUUCAGCAGUGCCAUUUUCUUAGGCAGGCAGGCCAUUCGGAGAAAGCCGUGUCUCUGUUCCAGGCCCUGAUGGACUUCACCUUCUUCAAACCUGACAAUGUAAAGGACUUGCCAACAAGGGGGCAGGUGGAGUUCUUUGAACCAUUUUGGGACGGUGGUGAGCCACGGAUUGGGGAGAGAGGAGCAAAGGGCUGGAAGGCCUGGAUGCAUCAACAAGAAAAGGGGGGCUGGAUUGUCAUCAACCCACCCGAUGAAGAAGAGGAAGACGAAGAGGAAGAACAAGAGAUAAAGGACAAAUCUCUGCCCAAAUGGCAAAACUGGCUUUGUGUAGAGCGUUCCCGGGAAGGAAGGCAUUGGUUGCCCUGGAGGCCUGACAAAACCAAGAAGCAGGCAGAAGAAGACUGUGAAGAUCCAGAGAGACAGGUUUUGUUUGACGACCUUGGUCCAUCCUUAAUAAAACUUUCUAGCCCAGAUCUUCAGUUCCAGUUGCUCUGCUCAUUUUUGCAGUUCUUGGGAGUCCCAUGUGGGUGCCAGCUCCUCCCUUCCUUCCUCUACAUAGCAAUGGAUGAGAACGACAUCUUUGAACCCAGGCAGCACAAGCAAAGCCCUCUGACUUCCUUUGACUUGCCCCUUUCUGGAGUCAGUAGUAUCGGUCAGAUGGACUCAGUUGCCCAAGGAAGAAAGCGUGUUGGCCACUCUAAGGAAGGGGAGGAGUUCAUACAGAAUUUCUUCCAUAUGAUGUUGCCUCUCUUCUCAGGAGAGGAAAAAUCUAAACUUUCCAACUAUUGGCUUCAGUAUGAAAUUGCUAAGGUCAUUCAGUGUCUGAAAACAGGAAAUAAAAAGAAACUAAAAUCGCAAGGCAAGAAGAGCAAAAAGCUAGCCAAAAAUCUUCUUAAGGUGCACGAGAACAGGAACAACCUUUCCCUUUGGCAGUUAUAUGCCUAUCUGGAGUGGUUACUCGGCAAUGUAGAAGAUGCUAGAAAAGUUUUUGAUACGGCUUUGAUCAUGGCAGGAGCUGCCGGAACCAACAAUCCCCAGUUCUGCACAGUUAGCCUGCUCUACGCCGAACUGGAGGCAGAGUUGCUGGAAAGUCUAGAAGGUGCUCUGGAGUCCCGUGCCUCUCAUAUAUUGACGAGCUUAACAGAAAAGGGGCCUUACAUGCCGUACAGCGGACAGGUAUUGCCGGUGAGCAUUUUGAAAGCACGGAAGACCUAUGAGCAUCUGCUCCAAGAUUGCUUGAACAGAAGCUCCGUUCCUGAUCAAGAGCAGACCGGCACUUCCAGGCACCUGAUUAGUUUGGUUGGUUGUUAUACCCUUUUCCAAUAUAUAACUCUCGGGAUCGAUUCCGCGGUCUUGAUAUGCAGGCAUGUGUGCGAGAAGCUUAAAGGUGAACGGCUUGGUCAGACUUUCACCACCGCUCUUGAAGCCCUGAUGCUGAUGCAUACGAGCUUGCUUCGUUAUCACAUGAAAACGAGCGUGUAUCCUUUGAGACCCCUCCGAGAAGCGUUGUUGGAGGCGUUGAAGAUGUAUCCUAGCAACCAGUCUCUUUGGAGGGCAUAUAUCCAGGUCCAAAGCAAGUCUCACAGUGCAAGCCAAGCACGGCGUUUUGUUGACAGCAUGACAAGGACUACAAAAUCUCUGGAGCCCUGGCUGUUUGCAAUCCAGGCAGAGCUGAUGAGGAAGAAGCUGGUAGAAAGCGUCCAGAGGGUAGCCACUGGGGAUGUGUAUGCAACAAUUCCUGAAACCGGAUUAACAAAUCGAAUCAAAGCUUUGUUUGAACGUGCAGUCGAGACUGAAAAUGGUGCUCAUUGUCCCUUGCUGUGGAGGCUAUAUAUAUACUUUAUGAUUUCUUUGGGGGAUAAGGAAAAGGGUAAAGGGCUGUUCUACAGAGCACUACAAAACUGCCCCUGGACAAAGGUACUGUAUAUGGAUGCCAUAGAGUAUUUUCCAGAUAUGCUGCAAGAGAUUCUUGAUCUUAUGGCUGAGAAAGAGCUGAGAGUACGGGUACCCAUAGAAGAGCUGGAGCUAUUGCUUGAAGACUAAAGAAAAUAGUUUGAAGAUGUGAA